CUACUGGUAAGAGCAUCUAAUCUUAUUGAUAGAUGAAAAUGAGAUUCUGUGUUCUUUUGUGUCUGCUCCUGCAAGUUUUGGGAGGCUCAGGACUUCCUCUGUUUGAGCUGAGCUCAAAAGCAGAUGACGCUCUACGGAUGGCCCUCAAUCAAAUCAAUGCACGUUAUGCCAGACUUCACCUGUACAGGGUGUCCAAGGCAUCUGUUAAGAAGAUUGUUCCUCUGGAAAUGGACACGUAUGAUCUGUUUCUGAGGUUUGGGAUCAGGGAGACAGCGUGCCAGAAGAACUCUGGGCUCGACCCUCAGGGCUGCAUGUACCGCAAGAGUUUCUUUGUGUCGGAGGCAGGGUGCUAUAUCAGAGUACGAGUGGCUCAGCAGGUCACUACUAUAAUUUCUCUCAGAUGCACACAUGCAGACAGUUCAAGCUCUGAGUCCAGUGAGGAGAGGAGAUUGGAAUGGACCUAUGAUUCAAAUCAUUUUGGGACUAGAGACCACACACGUGCAACUUUAGCACCAAGAAUUAACGUGGCCCCACCAUUACAUUCGGAUCAACACAACAAUAGGGAAACCAGCAAUGUUCGAGGAGACAACUUCAGCAAUCACCUGCCAUUUCAGUGAUGGCCAGAAUA